CCCCUCGUAAGACACCGUGCAAGCAAGGACUAGCCAACGGGAGAGGGGCAACGUCGACGCGCAGUCGCCAGGUGAGGCAACGUCGACGACGUGUUCGCUUCGCGACGCUCGGCCGGGGGGACAUACGGCCAGUGCUGCACGAAACACCUUGCAACGUUCGACGGUGCUCCGUCCGACCGUGAGCGAACGUCCAACCGACAAGUAAAAAGAGACGGGGAGACAGAGAGUGAGAGAGAAAGAGGGAGAGAGACGAACGGGGAGAACGCGACCAGUCUCGAGACCGGGAAUCGAUCCUGUUCGCGGACUCCGUCUUCGCGGAGCGCCCGUUCGCGUGUCCGCGAAGGUGUCGGUUAUCUCGGUCGGAAAUCACAGUCGAUUCAUAACCUCAAACCGCUGUGAGCAAUGGGAAGCAUGUCGCGACUCGCGGAUAAUCGGUGAAUAAAGCAGUGCCGAACGAGGGAAUUGGAGAAAGAGAGAGAGAGAGAGAGGAGAUAGAUAGAUAGACACAUCACGAAAAUCGGUCGAUAGUUGCUACCUUCGUUCGUUUAUGUAUUUUCGACGCCGAGUGCGGCGAGACUAGUUACCGCGAGUGUGAGAGUGCAACAUCGUGCUCGUGGAAGACGUUCGUCGCGCACAGUACACAAGGUGUGAAAUCGCAUUAGCAGGGGACGAAGCAGGUUCGCUAUCAAGACACUCCUGGCUCACACGGGAACGAUGCAAACGACAGGAAUGAGGACGGCGGGAGGAACAGGAGGAGCAGUAGCAGCAGCAACAGCAGGAGGAGGCUCGUCGACCCACCUGGUCGUCCUUUAUGUGGCGACCGCUGGCCUCCAGGGGAACGCGCUGGGCUCCGACGAGGAGGAGAUCACGUUACUCGUCUAUGUACUCAUCGAUGUGCUGCAGAAUAAGGUGCUAGGCAGGCAACAGUACAUCGUGCGACCGAUGGUAAUGGAAGACAGUUGUACACCCGGGACCGGCAGCGACAACCCAGCGGUUGCCGGAAGUAGCGGGAUCAUUAACGACGCAGCGUUGCAACAUGCUCCAGCCUUGACUGAACGAAACCUUCGGGAGCAUGGGAUACCUCUACAGCAGGCCAUAGAGCAGUUCGAGAGCUGGUGGUCGUCCAUGUCCUGCGUCACAUCUGGCGCGACACCAAAGUUCGUGGUGGACGGCCAAGCGCCCAUGAGACAAUGUCUGCAUCCCGAAGCUUGCAACAAGGACAUCGAGCUACCGGAGCACUACAACCACUUCUAUGACCUGCGAAAAGACUUUGUGGCGUGCUACUCCUCUCACGGCGAGUUAUCGACCCUCGGAGUGCAGGAGAUGUUACAAUAUUUCGGACUGCCGCCGGACACGGACAAUGAUUUUCAUGUCAAAGAGAUACAGGACAUGGUGACUGUGAUACAGAGAAUGAUCAAGGACGGUCACGUUUUUCAAAACCCAGAAGUGAUUAACAUCGUUUUAGAACCUGGCAUAUGCUCCAAAGACGAGGAGGUGGAGAAUGAUUGUGUAGUGAGAGCGCGUGGUCUUCCUUGGCAAUCCUCGGAUCAAGAUAUCGCCAAAUUUUUUCGUGGCCUAAAUGUCGCCAAGGGUGGUGUAGCUCUUUGUUUAAGUCCUAUGGGAAGGCGUAACGGCGAAGCGUUGGUACGGUUUAUUAAUAAAGAACACAGAGACAUGGCGCUGAAGCGGCAUAAACAUCACAUGGGUGCACGAUACAUAGAAGUUUACAAAGCCUCCGGAGAGGAUUUUGUUGGCGUUGCUGGUGGUACGAGCGGGGAGGCGCACGCUUUUCUGUCACGCGGGGCUGAAGUCAUCGUUAGAAUGCGGGGCUUGCCGUAUGAUUGUGUUGCUAAACAAGUGCUGGAGUUCUUCCUGUCCGGACAAAAGCCAUGCCACGUGCUCGACGGCGAAGAUGGGGUGUUAUUUGUGAAGAAGCCCGACGGCAGAGCGACUGGGGACGCUUUCGUCUUGUUUGCCAAGGAAGAGGACGCUGUAAAGGCAUUGAGCAAACAUAGAGACUGCAUCGGCAGUCGGUACAUAGAGCUUUUCCGGAGCACGACAGCGGAGGUGCAACAAGUACUGAACAGGGCGAUCGAUCCGAAGCAAGUAGUGCAACCACCUCCGCGUAUCGUGCAGCUACCUUCGAUAAUACCUCAGCACAUUAUUACAUGCGGCACACGUAAGGAUUGCGUGAGACUCCGCGGGUUGCCGUACGAAGCGGUGGUAGAGCACAUCCUCGAGUUCAUGGGCGAGCAUUCGAAGAAUAUCGUCUUUCAGGGCGUCCACAUGGUUUACAAUGCUCAAGGUCAGCCAUCCGGCGAGGCGUUCAUCCAAAUGGACAGCGAGGCGUCAGCGUACGCAUGCGCUACGCAGCGGCACCAUCGGUACAUGAUCUUCGGCAAGAAGCAGCGUUACAUCGAAGUCUUCCAAUGCAGCGGCGACGAUAUGAGUCUGGUAUUGACAGGUGCGGUAACACCGCCGUCAACCACGCCUCUACCAUCACCCGGUACGUUAACCACACAAGCCCCCGCGACAUUGACACAUCCGCCUCCGCCGACGCCGGUGCCUGUGCCGGUACCAGCCGCGCAGCCGCCGCCGCCGCCGCCACAACUGUGGGACAUUCACACCCUGGUGCAGGCUCAGGUAGCACAGGCGCAGGUAGCCCAAGCGCAGGCGGCCCAGGCGCAGGUGGCCCAGGCGCAGGCGGCUAUCAGGAAUUCAGACUUUUGGCUAAUGGCUCUCGCGUCCAAUCCGCCUCCUACCUCAAACCCCGCCUCGCCUACCCCGGCAGCGACGAGCAAGUCCUUGGCGCUCGCCGCGUCGAGCCCGGCUCAAGCUCAGAUACCCGCUUACGCGGUGACACCCCCAGCAGCCGCGGUGGCCGCGCUUCAUCACCACCACGCCGCAGCGGUCGCGCAACCGCCGACUCCGGCGACGCCGUUCUUGCUCUUUAAUCCUCUUCCGCCUCGUAUCCCGAUCUUACGCGCGCCCACGGCGCAUGGAUUGCUGCCGCCUGCUAUCAUGCAGACUACGUCCUUGAACCCUGCCGCGUUGAUGGGCCUGAAGCGAACGUGGGAGAGCGCCUUCCCCGCCGACGCGGCCAGCAGCGUAGCGAAACGCGCUGCCACUUGGCACGCACCUCCAGCGCACGCGUUUCACGCCACCGCCGCUCCGACCGCCACACCGGCCUUGCCUUAUCCUCCGCAGUUUUAUCCUCAGAUCUGACACUGCUGAGACAAACACGAUGUGUCGUUUCGCCGUUGCCGACGAGGCAACGGCCGUCGGGAACGGGCCGCUCGGUGUUCUUCUCCGGAUCCUCCAGCGUCCUCGUUUUCCUCCUUAAUGCGUCAGCUUCCGCACGUGGACAGAAUGGACCACGUCGUUCUUGGCCGAACAGGAAGUUACUGGUCGCGAUUCCUUUAUAUAUUCAUAUUUAGGAACAUAUAUUUUUCGAUUCGUUGCUUCGCGCAGUAAUCGCGCUCCCCAGGACAAUGCUGCGCAUUGCUUCGUCGGUGGCUUUACGCUAUAUUCUCAGAGCGAGGUGUCCGCUCACGCGAUAUUCACGACAUUCCGUUUUCCAUGUUUUGCCAGCGAGUUUUUGACAAAACGUUUCUUCAUCAUGUUUCUCGUGAAGACACGUUACGGUGAGAGUAACGAGUUUGUCCUUCUCUGUUAUAUACUUAUAUAUAAAGUACCUUAACGUUCGGGAACGCUUCGUACAAAUUCGGCCGUUACUUACAUAAGGUUAGCAACGGUACUUAACGCGUAAUUCGCGAAACGACUUAAUUUUCCUCGAUUCCAAUAUUUACAUAGGCAGCAUAUACAUUCAUAUUUUGAUAAGUACGUUAAGUUUGACAGUAGUACAUAAUUUUCUAUGCAGCGUGCGCAUACGCUUUUUUCCUUCAAUAAUCGCGCGUUUUUUGGAAUACCUGAGACAUGUCGUGUCGUCGAGACAUGUUGUACGGGAACAAAUGUUUUCGUUUCGCCACUCUAGUGCCUUCUCCUUGAAGAGUGAUAAGCACAGGACUAUCGGUCCGGUUCUUCAGAAUUACACGAUACGUGUAUAUACGUUUUCCUACAUAUACAUAGAGAAAUGUCUCGAAACUAUCAUGGUGUAUAUGUCGUUUCUGGAUCCCGGUUGGAAAUUAUAUUUUCGGGCCAUCGAAUUCAUAUUUUUCAGCUGCAUCUUAUGGCGGAUAUGUCCUCUUCGA